AUGCCCAUUUCGCUUGAGCUCGAGUCAGUGGGCUCGACUUCUCCAUCCCGCGCGGGCAGUGCGAUAUCUUCUGCUGGCUCGUCCUGGGAGCUGGUGGGCUCUGAGUGCGGGGAGCUCCCUUUGUUCCUUGCGGGGCAGGCGCCGUGCCUGCCAGAGGGCGGGGGUCGAAUCCUCGCGACGGCGCGCUGCGGCGGGCCGCUCCUGGUGUUCCUCUGGACGCUCGUGACCGUGGUCCGUGACCCGCCGAGUCCUGAGGAGGAUCCGCUGGAGGGUGAGGAUUUCACGCCGGAGCGGGUGAUGCCAGUGGAGGUAUGGAGCCGACGCUACUACCGCCGGAGCGCGACGGAUGGCCAGGAGAUUUUCUUAGUUCGACGGAAGACUGGGAAUUGCUGGGCGGUCUUGCUGCCAGAUCUUUCCAUGGGUACCAUCACGAUCACUGCGAAGACGACCGUCUUCUCCGAUCCCGUGCCCGGGAUCCGCUGGCAAGCGCUGCCGGCUCUCACUCAGGUGCAGAAGAACAGUUUCAUGCAGCAAGCUACGGACGGGCUGCGAGCGGGUACUAUUCCAGCCCUGGAGUUGUAUCGACCGGGCCGUCAGGCCCAGCAGGCCGUCGCCAUCAACGUGGUCUAUGCUAUGGCCAGCUCGGCACGCUCUUCAUUGCGUACGCUGCGGUGGGCAUUGCGCUCGCCGUACCGUGUGCUGGGGCUGCUGGCGCUGGGUUUCGUGCUGUUCGAAGCUCUGAAGUACCUGGGGGUGGUGGAUAUGAUCGUGGAGACUUGGCUCGCGUUCGUGAGCUGGAUGGUGGCUUGCCGGGACGCGCUCAUCGAGUCGUCCGAGACGAUCCAGGAGUGGGUGUCCUACGGAGGCGAGUGGGUGGACUGGGCUCGGAAGCUCAUGCCGCUGCGUCGCUGGGCUGCCCUACUGUUGGCGCUCAUCCUGCUCAUGUUCUGGGGUGCUCACGAGAUGCAGGAAGGGGAGGAGCCUGCUCUCGUGGCCCAGUUGGACGACUUAGCCGAGUCUCAGAGGGCGAUGGCCGCGGAGUUGAACGAGAUCAGGAUUGCCGAGCGGGCUCGGGAGCUGAGGCGGUCGGCAAUGGUGUCCUCGAGCGCGGACCGUGGUGCCGAAGUGGCGGCCGCCAACCAGCUGCAGAUCCAGUCGAUGCUGAGCCGGCUCGACGAGUUCGAGGCUCGCCUGCAGGGAGGCGCGGUGGCGGGAUCUUCUGCGGCAGCGGCGGGACCCUCUCCUGCUACGCCUGUGGGCUCAGGGGACGGCCCCACCUCGCCGGCCCGCGGGGACGCGACGGUGCCCAUGGAGACUCCCGACAAGCGUGCUGCUACAGAGCCCGCCGAGGCGGUGUCCUUGGCCAUCAAGCGGAUGAGGUUCAAGGCUCAGAUGCCGCAGCAGGUCUUCCUGGAGCAGCUGGAGGACUUCAAGGAGUGCCCGGCCUCGGAGUGGGCCACGAAGAUGCCGGAAGGCUACAGGGAGAGGAUCGCGCCAGACGUGCUCUCGGAGGUCUACUCGACCGGGAAGACGGCGGAGGCUUGGGCGAGGGACUACAUCAGGGAUCGUGGUCUCACCGAUUGCAACACCGCGCGGGAGAUGAUUGCGACCUUCGCGGCCGUGGACACGAUGCUCAUGACGGACCGCCAGAAGGGGCUCCUGAACCAGGUGAGCUUCGAGAGGCUGGUCCGCAAGGGGUACGCGUUGGUGAGGGCCUACCGCAAUGUGCACUGCCGGGACGACUGGAGCAGGCCCAAGGACGCCAAGAACUGGAAGUCCAAGGUCGACUGGGAGGCGGCGCGUCGCUUGGACCCGCAGCUGGCCGACGAGAGCACGAUCAGGGUCAUGAGUGCCGAGGAAGAGGUGAAGAAGGCAAUGGGUCGAGACGCGCAGCUGAUCAAGGCACGCACGGACCUGGACGGCGGUGCGAGGUCUGUGUCGCCGAGAGUGGCUCAGAUGUUGGACGAUUUCGAGAGGGAGAUGCUGAAGGAGGAUGGCGAGGAGUGCGUCAGGGCCGCGGAGGUGAAGAACUACGUGGACCCGCACUUCCGCCGCAAGAAGGACAUGCUGAUGCUGGCCAGGCGCAUGACUCUGGCUGGUAUGUUGUGCCGCUGCGAGUCCAAGGUGGACGAGGUUGGGCUCUUCUGUGUGGUGAAGAAGGCCGAGAUCGUGGACGGCGAGCCUCUGGUGUCAUUGCGUUUGGUCUUCGAUCAGCGGCGUUCCAACCUACGAUGGCGGGCUCCGCCGUGGUGUGCCAUGGGCGGUGUCAGUGCCAUGUCGUUCUUGGACGUGUCAGAGGAGAUGACGGAGGAGGGCGCUCGAAUGGUUUUUGGUACUGGCGACCUCCCCGACUUCUACUACACGUUGGACCUGGGCGAGGCGAUCGCGCCCUACUUCGUGCUGCCGGGUGUCCGGGCUUCGGACCUGCUCGACGUUCUCCCCGCGGACGCCCGCCUGAGCGGGUCGGGCGAGCACGUCGGUGUGCGGGUGGCGCUGAUGGGUUUCUCGUGGGCCUGCUGGAUGGCUCAGACGACUAUGGAGGACCUGUUCAACUCUGGUCCCUCCGUGGGCAUGCCCGCCCUCGCCGAAGAGCAGCGUCUGGCAGAAGGCGGUCCGCUGCCCCUGAUCAGUCGGGAGGUACCUGCGGCCCACUACGAGUACAUCGACGACUUCGGCAUCAUCGGGGUGGACUACCCUCCCGUCGCCGACGCCGAGCCGCCUACGCGGAUCAGGGACAUCUGGUUGGGGGCCAAGUACCUGGUGAACGCCGCGGGUUUCAACGUGCACAAAGACGACUGCUCGGGACAGGCUCGGAUGAUCGGUGGAGACUUCGUGGGCACACGCCUCGCCCCGAACCAGGACAAGAUGUGGCUGGCCGUGGCCGGGGUGAGCGAGAUCCUCAGGCAGAGGUCGGAGUUCCCGGACGCGGUGGCCAAGAUCGUGGGUAUCCUGUCCUGGGGCUUUCUGAUCACUCGAGGGGCCCUGAGCGUUUUCUCGGAGGUCUACCACUGGUGCAUGGAGUUCCGAGGGGGCUCCCGCCGUCGGCUACCCGACGAGGUCCUUCGCGAGCUGGCCGUGGCAGCGGCUGUGGUGCCGCUGGUGUCUGUCGACCUGGCCAUGCCCUGGGACCCCACGGUGACGAUGUUCGACGCGAGCCUCUACGGGGGGGCCAUCAUCUCAACCCAGGCGGACAUCCAGGAGAUGCGUCGAGAGGCACGCUUUGCUGUCAGAGGAGGGUGGACCGUCUGGACUGGCAUCUCGUCUUCCUGGGCGGCGGACUCCUGGGCAGAAGGCGAGGCGUAUCGGCGAGUCGCCGAGGGAGUCGAGCUCGGUAUGCGCGUGAGGGCACCGCCGGUGCACGCUUGCUGGGACGACAUGUCGAGGUGGAAGGAGGUAGUUCGCUGGCGCUGGGACGAGAAGGCGCCGAAGGAGCGACUGCAGGGCGAGACCGUGCUGCCCGCCGAGACGGGGCAGGUGAUCGAGGAGUUGGCGGACAUCGCGGAGGAGGAUCCCUUCGCGCCGCUGCGGCUGGGCCGGUCCGUGAGGGUGAAGGUGCUGCGCUUCUUUCACCUCUGCAGCGGCCACACACGGUCGGGCGAUUUGGAGUUCUGGCUCGCCCGCCUCGCGGCCGGUCGGGGGUACGUGGUGCAGUGCACGAACGUGGACAUCGGUUUCGGGCCCGAGUUCGACCUGUCCGAGGAGGUGAACGUGCGGAGGUUGGAGCUACUCGCCGAGCUGGAGGUGGAUGGAGGCCAUGCUGGACCUUCGUGCGCUACGUGGUCGAGGGUGCGCUUCCAGCCUGGUGGACCCCCGCCUGUGCGCCUUCGCUCGCACCCGUGGGGCCGCCCAGGUCUCCAUGGUGCCGACUUGAGGAAGGUGGAGAUGGGCUCGGCGCAGCUGUUGAGCAGCCUGCGCGUACUCAGGGCGAUCGCCCUCCGAGGGGGCUCAGUCUCGCUGGAGCAUCCUGCCGACCCUGGGAAGCCGCCGUUCCCCUCGAUCUUCGCAACGCCCGAGGUGCUGGAAUGGGAGGAGGUUCUCGGGGCCUACAGGGUGACCUUUCCUCAGUGCAUGUGGGGCUGUCCUGCGCUCAAGUUGACCACGAUAUCGGGGACAGCCAAGCACCUGGAGCGGCUCAUUCGCCCAUGUAUUCACAAGACGCACACGGCGAGCUUGUGCGGGAAGGACGAGACGGGACGUUUCAGGACGCGGGUAGCUCAGGCUUACUCGUCCGAGCUCUGCCGCGUGCUGGCCGAGUGCCACCUGGACGCCAUGCUGGACGGGUGCGAGCGGCGCGAGGCGGAGUUCACGGAGAGGGCCGUGGAGCUGCUGAUCAAGGAGACGCUCGAGCGGAGGCGGCGCAACAUACGGGACAUCGACGUGCUGCCCGCCUCCUUCCUGGAGGCGGGGCUUUCGCUUCUGCCCUACUCGGUGGGGAAGAAGACGGCCCUCAACUGCUACGUGCCCAACGUGCGGCGAUUCCUGGAGUUCGCGCUGGACCUCGACCUUCCAAUGAUGAGCAGGGAAGAGAUCGACAACUCCAUCCUGGUCUACCUAGACUACCUGGUCGAGGACGAGGAGGUGGGCCCGCACAGGGGCGACUACGUGGUGCACGGCAUGGCGUUUGUGUGGCCUGAGCUAUCUACGGGCCUUCCGCGCGCCAACCGCGCUCUGAGGGCGUGGCACAAGAUGCACGUUGCCGGCGAGGGUGGGCCCCAGCCGCUCGAGGUGUGGGCCGCCCUGGACGAGGCCAUGAGGCUGGCCGGGGCCGUGGAGGCAGCCGACGCAGCAGCGCUGGCGGUCGACGCCUACCUGCGCUCGGCGGAGGUCUUCGCGCUGCGGGUCGAGGACAUCGUGGACGCCGACAACGACGUGGUGGCCAUCAAGCUGGGAGUGCAGGAGCGGAACGAGCGCACCAAGACGGGAGUGAGGCAGGGCGUGCUGAUUGAUCGCCCGCACAUCGCCGACAUGCUGCGGGCGCGCAAGGCCGCCAAGAAGCCGGGCGAGCUGGUCUUCGGCUGCUCGGUGGAGUCCUACCGUCGGGCCCUUCGGAAGGCCAGUGACGACAUCGGCAUCGCAGCCUUCCCCGCCCACUCCGCAAGGCACUCUGGCCCCAGCCACGACGCGGCGGAGGGCUACCGAACGGUGUGGGCCAUCCAGCGGCGGGGCCGCUGGGCUUCGGAGAAGUCGGUGCUGCGCUACAUGAAGACGCACGCCCUGGUGGCCGCAAGGGCGGCCGUGCCUGCCGCCGUGAUGGCUCGUGGCCGGGAGCUCUUGGCCAGACAGGCACCGCGUCCAAAGAUGGCGCGAGAGUGA